AUGAUGGGCUUCGGGAGGACGCUUGGCUGCUUGCUUGCUUUAGUGACGGCUGCAGCUGCCCAAGCUGCUGGAUGUAAGCCCAUUCGCGGCGAUGAGAAAUGGCCGUCGGAAGAACUCUGGAGCUCGUUGAAUGAGACUGUUGGCGGACGUCUGAUCGCGACCAUUCCCGUCGGGAGUAUUUGUCAUUCUGGGGGUCCUCAUGACGGGCAUUACGACGCAGUGGGAUGCGCCGCUCUUCAAUACACGUGGAACUUUGCGCAAGCCCAUUUCCCGUUUCCGGGCGAGGUCAGCUGGCCUUUUGCUCAAGGUUGUGAUCCGUAUCCUCCGAUUGAGAAGCCUUGCGAAUUGGGCAAGUAUGUCAGUUACUCUAUCAAUGUUACCGGAGCAGACGAUGUUGUUGCCGGAAUCAAAUUUGCCAAGGCAAACAACAUUCGGCUGGUGAUAAAGAAUACCGGGCACGAUUAUCUCGGAAAGUCCACGGGCAAAGGUGGCUUAGCGCUUUGGACGCACAGCCUCAAAUCUACCAAGGUCAUUGAGGACUACGAGUCCGAGUAUUACAACGGCCCAGCACUGAAACUUGGCGCGGGAGUCCAGGGAUGGGAAGCAUAUACUACCGCGAGUGAUCACGGAUACAUGGUCGUUGGAGGCACCUGUCCAACCGUGGGUAUUGCAGGUGGCUACACGAUGGGCGGGGGCCACUCUACGCUCAGCAGUCUUUACGGGCUUGGUGCCGACAAUGUCUUGGAAUGGGAGGUCGCCACGGCGGAAGGAGAGCAUCUCAUUGCUACUCCCACGGAAAACCGAGAUCUUUACUGGGCUCUGAGUGGAGGUGGAGGAGGCACUUACGGCGUCGUACUCAGCAUGACUACGAGACUCCAUAAAGACGGGCCCGUCGGCGGAGCUCACCUACAGUUUGACGACUCAGAGAUUGGGCAAGACGCUUACUGGGAGGCAAUUGGGGCAUUCCAAAGCUUACUCCCACCCAUCCUGGCACAAGACACUUCACUGCUCUACUCCGUCUACAACGACUCGUUCAGCAUCUUCAGUUUGACUGCCGCGGGAAAGUCGACUACCGAGGUCAUUGCUCUCCUACAACCCAUCUUCGAUGAACUCGACAAACGCGGCGUGCCUUUUGCCUUCCAAGCUCGUGAAUCCCCGCGAUUUCUCGACCACUUCGUCGGAGACUUCGGUCCAUUGCCCUACGGCAUCUUCAGCGCCGGCCAAGUCACAUCCAGCCGUCUCAUCCCCCGCACCGUGGUAGAGGACCCCGAAGCCAACGCUGCCGUGACGCAAGCUCUUCGAGACGGCACCGCGAGCGGCGAUUUCUUCUUUGCCUGUCAAGCCCUCGACGUGAGCGGGAACGUGUCAGUCGCGGCGAAUGCCGUUCUUCCGGCUUGGAGAGAAGCAGUCUCUCACUGUAUCGUGGUCGGAUUAUGGGAUUUCGAUGCGCCGAGGGCGAAGAUGGACGCCAUGGCUGAUGUGUUGACGGACACGAUCUCGCCGCAGCUGGAAGAGGCGACGCCCGGUUCCGGAACGUAUCUGAAUGAGGCUAAUUUCAGACAGCAGGAUUUCCAGGAGCACUUUUAUGGGGCGAAUUAUGAGAGGUUGUUGGAGAUUAAGGAGAAGUAUGAUCCGGAGAGUCUGUUUUAUGCGGUUACUGCUGUCGGAAGCGAGAUGGCCAUGUCCAGACAAACCCUGCAGGGCGCCGAAAGGAGAAUUUGGGAGCUUCCGAACCCUCCAGAAUGUAGCCUCGUGAUGCCAGACGGAUCCGCGAGGCUCGCAGAGUCCGCCGAGGAAAUUGUCGAGUCCCUUAACCACUUUGCCAAACAACACGGCUACGCUGUAGUUCGCCACCACGCCAACACCCCAAUUGCCGACCCAAAUAACCCCGGCAAAUUUAUCAACACUCGGUAUACAAUCCGUUGUGACCGGGGUGGCCACCAACGGGUUUCUAGGGGUCAGGGUCUUAGAUCCGUUGCGUCACGCAAAACUGGCUGUCUCUGGAGAGGAACUGCUAAAGCUUCUGCGAAGGACAACUAUAAGUGGUCCUGGAAGCUCAGCAGUGAGCCUCACGAGAGAGUACACAAUCAUCCGCCGUCGUUUGACCCAUCAGCACACCCAUCACAUCGCAGAUGGAGUUCCCAGCAGAAAGAGAUGGUGGCAGACCUCACCAAGCUGAACACACGCCCUAGGGAGAUUCUGAAGCGUUUACAACAAGUAUACCCCCAGAGCGUUUUUACGAUCCAAGAUGUGUAUAAUGAACGAGCCCGUAUCCGCAGAGGGGACAAGGGCUGUACGACGCCUCCUCAACUACCUGUUAUGCCUGCGUCCGACGCAGCGACUCCGGUACCAAACGACAAGCCUCAAGCCUCAGCUUAUAACAGUCGAAGUGCCAUUGAGAAGUCCUCUACGCUACAUGAGUCAGAGUCUGCUGCGAUCCGGCCAAGGAAGAGGUCAAUAUCCGAAGAUGAUGCGUCCUUCUCAAAGGUGUCAGAUCUUUCAAAAAAGAAGACUAGGCCACGUACAGACGAUGUCAGCAGUGAUUAUAUUCUCGGGACAACUUUCGCUAGAGGCGGUUUCGGGAUGGUUUGUGAGGCUACACACCGGAGCAUGGAUAAUUCCGAGAAGAUAUACGCUUGCAAACGGUUGCUACUCGCCAAAAUAAAUAUCACCAAAAUCAACCAAGAAGUCGCCCUGAUCCGGAAAUCGCGCCACCACCAUGUUGUGAGUGUCAUUGACGCAUUCGCCGAUAACGAAUGGUACAAUAUUAUACUGGAACCACGGGCAGAGUGCAAUCUAGCUGACUACCUACAAGCUAUGGAGCAGCGAUUUUUCGAUUUUCGGAACUGGCAAGACUUGCAGUGGGAAGAUUUCGAAACCAAGGCGUCUAGGCUACUUCGGUGGAUGUAUUGUUUGGCCAGCACGGUUCAACAUAUUCAUGGACUUUGCAUCCGUCAUCGCGACAUAAAGCCAGAUAACAUCCUCAUCCACAGAGAAAACAUCCUCUUCACAGACUUUGGAACGUCGUUUUACUGCGAAGAGAACACACGGUACGCCACCACCAACACGCCCGGGACCGCGAAAUAUCUCCCUGUGGAGGCGGCGGAUUGUCAGAGAUUCGGUCGGAGUGGUGACAUUUUCUCGCUCGGCUGCGUCUUUUUUGAGAUUAGCGAAGCUCUGCUUAACCCCCUGCUCGUUGUUAAGCUCCCAUGCUGCAAGGGAAAUUAUUACUCUACCCUAGUUGGCAGACCCGACUUCUGGAAUGCGGUACACCAGGCCCGAGGGCAUCCGAGGAACAAGAGGCGCCGUUGGAAGCACUUGGAAUUCUCGGAAUGUUUCCCGACAAUGGUCUUACAGCUAAGCGAGAAGAUGCUAAACGUAGAACCGACUUGCCGUCCAACGGCCAAGGAAGUUGUUAACUCCUUAACCAGGGUACUAGAGGAGGCUCAUUCUCCAACACCCCCUUGCUGUACUCCUCUCUAUGGGGUGCUGGAUGCCUAG